AUGGAUGAUAGAGUGAGAAUAACUGUAUUAGGAGCCGGUUGUGAAGUUGGCAGAUCAUGUGUGUAUGUUGAACGUGAUAACUCAUGUUUAAUGUUUGACUGUGGUUUGCAUCCGGCUCUUUCUGGUGUCGGAGCACUUCCAGUGUUUGAGGCUGUGGAUAUUUCGAAGGUUGAAGUCUGUUUGGUGACACACUUUCACCUCGACCAUUGCGGCGCAGUUCCCUACCUACUUAGUAAAACGAAGUUCAACGGUAGAAUUCUCAUGACACCCGCAACCAAAUCCAUAUGUCAUCUACUUUGGACUGAUUAUGCAAGAAUGGAACAACUGUUAACCGUUAAAACUAUUUUUGAUGAUGAUGAUGGUAUGGAUGAACUGGUAUGUGGUUCUGGAUUAUAUUCAUUCGAGGAUGUUGAAUAUGCUUUGGACCGGAUUGAAACUAUAGAUUUUCAUCAGGAAAUUACUGUGAAUGAUAUAAAGAUAUCGUGUUACAGAGCGGGGCACGUGUUGGGUGCUUGUAUGUUCUUGGUGGAAAUUGAUGGUGUUCGUAUACUAUACACUGGGGACUAUUCUGUGGAAAAGGAUAAACACUUGCCCAGUGCUGAAAUUCCCUCCACUAAUGUUCACUUGUUAAUAUCUGAGAGCACUUACGGAAUUCGUGUACAUGAGGAACGAAGUCAGCGGGAAAUGAGAUUUCUUCAUGUCGUUAUGGACAUAAUAAUGCGAGAAGGUAAAUGUCUUUUGCCAGUUUUUGCCCUCGGAAGAUCACAGGAAAUUUUACUAAUUCUGGACAAUUAUUGGGAAAAUAAUAGACAAUUACAUAAUGUUCCGAUCUUUUAUAUCUCACCUCUUGCUUCCAAAUCAUUAAGAGUUUAUGAGACCUUUGUAGGACAAUGUGGAGAUUAUAUUAAACAGAGUGUGUAUAAUGGAUUUAAUCCGUUUGAUUUUAAGUUUGUAAAAUAUGCGAGAUCAAUUAAGCAAAUUCGUAACUAUUUACUACGCGAUGGACCAUGUAUAAUAAUGACAUCGCCUGGAAUGUUACAGGGAGGUCCAUCACUUGAGGUUUUUGAGCUUAUCUGUCCUGAUAACCGUAAUGGUGUUGUUCUUACUGGAUAUACUGUUAAGGGAACUCUUGCUGAUGAACUUAAAAAGGAUCCUGAAUUUAUUAAUCUAGGAAAUAAAGUUGUUAAGCCCAGAUGUAGUGUUGAGCAGAUAUCAUUCAGUGCUCACGCUGAUUAUAAUCAAACGAAGGACUUUAUCAAAAAGUUAUCAGUCCCAAAUGUGAUUUUAGUUCAUGGUGAACGUAAUGAAAUGAAACGUAUGAAAGAUAAAUUAGAGGAGGAUAUACGACAAUUAACAGUAUUCAUGCCUGAAGUAUUACAAGAGAUUACACUGACAUUUACUCCCCAGCGUUUUGUCGAUGCCGUCGGAUCACUCUCAUCCAACUUACACGAACUUUCCAAUACCAUCACUAAUGAUGUUAAUAGUGUUAGUACUAAUACUAAGGAUAUUAAUGGUAUUAAUGGUGACAGUCUUGAACAUGUUGAUGAGUUAUUGUCUGGAGUUCUUGUGAAGAAUACAGAUGUACGUCUUCUGUAUAGUGAUGACGUUAAGGAGUUCAGUAAACUUCCAGUAAGCUCUUUGAAUCAAAAAAUGACUUUUACAUUCCCACAUAAAUUGGAACACUUGGUAAAAGUUCUCAAGUCAGUUUAUGAACAAGUUGAUUUAAAAUCUGAAAAUGAAGCCGUUGUUCUAAACCAUGUCACAUCUGGACCAGUAUCUGAUUUGAUAGUGGAUAGUAUAAUUUUAAUGGCAAUAGACUUGAUAACGAGUUGUGAUAACCUGAUGGAAGAGGUGAAGUUUAGAAGUAAUUUGAGCGUUGAGGAUUCGUUUUUGAAGUCAGCUGAGAUACAAUUGGUGCAAAAGUUUGGAAAUCCUAUUGAAAAGAACGAUAGCAUUUUACAGUAUAAAUUGCAAGAUGAUGGAUUUAAAGAGGUUGAUUUAACAAUUAAUCUAGGAUUAAGAGAGAUGUUUUAUGUUUUCCUGAAAAAAUCCAUUUUAGGCGCCCGGCUUUGGAUUUGGGUUUUUUCUGCCUUUAUUUGGCCUAUAAACUCUUAUAUUAUGGACCUCUCUAAAAUUUCUAAUACUGGAAAUGAUAUUUGGACUUUUCUUUGUGACUUUCCAACUCUUUCUUCAGGUUCUGAAGAACUUCUCGUUCCACCUUAUUAUUUUUCAUUAGAAUCUGGAGGUCGAUUACAUGGUUAUAUUAAAAUCGCAACCAUUGAAGAGAUUGACGAUGAUUUAGUUCUUCCAAAUACUCCUAAUACUAUUCAUACUAACGAUACUCCUGUUGCUACCACCACUAAUGAUGUUAAUACCACUAACACUAUUGCUACUAAUACUAAUAUUGGUAAAGGAACUAGUACCGUAUUAUUGGAUAAUAUGUUACAAUUUAACAGAUUGAAAAGGAAGGCUAAGAGGCCUUUGUUCUCUAUUAGUUUGAGAAACCGAAACAGGUCCACCAAUACUUUCACUAACCAUCAUUCAUUUCUACACCUCAUUCAAACCAUAUAUCAUUCCAUUAAACAUCGCAAUAAUAAUAAUAAUACACUACCAGACAAUGUAAAUACAACUAAUGAAAAAGAUUCCAAUAAGGAUAUUACUCCACCUGUUACUCCUCCAAAUACUAAUCCUACUACUGAAAAGGGUACUAAUACCUUAACUACUACUAGUACUACUAGUGAUACUCCCCAUGAUUUGGAUGAAGAAUUAAUAGUGGAUAAUGCAUACUUGAUAUUAUUUUCACAGAGCCAAUGGCAGUUAUACUUGUCCAAUGGGCCUUACGAUGUUGUUCAACCAUCACGUAAUGGCAGAGGUUACGUUUACUUCAGUAAUGUGAUAUCUAAGUUGAGGAUCCCAAUUACUAAGGUUGGAGAUACAGUCACUUUUCAAUACGUAUCUGACCAACCAGACCGUUACAUACUACUGCUUUUUAAUCCUGAUCAGCGUAGGAUGACACUUGAAGGUUAUGUACGAUUUGAAAACCUGAACUCUUAUAAUCUACCAUUGGAAAUGAAGUAUCACUUUCAAAUCUUUACCCUUUGGUUUUUCAUCUACCUGUUCUCAUUUAUCAUUUCAGCCCUCUACCUAUAUUUUUUCGUAGAAUCUAAUGUUAAGAAGGUUAACUACUGCCUCUCACUCAAUUACUUACUCUACACCACUUUCCUCUUAUUGGACUUGGUGAUUAUAUACAUAGUCCGCUUGAGUGAUAGGGUUCCAAAAUACAUUUGGGCCUUUAGUCACAUCUUCAAGCGUCUCCACGAGAUUUAUAUUCUAACUCUUUUAGUGUUAUUAUCCCUUGGUUGGAGAAUUCUCAGAGAUUCCUUAAGCUCAAUUGAAGUCCAGCUGAUCAGUUCAAUAUCCUUAGUAUGUAUUUUAAUGGGUUUUGUGGAGGUUGCUGUAAGCGGUUUUGAUAUUAGCCGAUACCUAGUCCAUGCCAUCGCAUGCAUAUGUAUAUUAAUGGCCACCAACUUCAAUAUUGUUUUAAUAAAUACAAGAAUUGUAGAUGAGGGAUUAACGCCCCAGGCAGGCGUAGCUUAUCAACACAUGAAAAUAUUCUCAAACUUCCGUAUACUCUUCUUUGUCUACAUGUUCAAACCUGCCAUUUUCUCACUCAUUAGGUUUGUAUGUCUUCAACCCACCCUCGAUCAAGUGAUUAUUUGGGAUCAACACUUGAACCUCUUUAUUGAUUUAGUUUUCGAUUUCACGGUUUACACUCUACUCUUUUUUAAUUUCAUUCCAAAGGAUAAGGGAUUAUUCAAUCACAUUUUUCAAAAUACCACCAGUGACUAA